AUGAUCUCAUCCGAAGUUUACCCCGAAUUAUCCACAGUAGAGAUGGCUCUAGAUUUAAAGCCGCCCAAAAAUGGCCCUAGCUUUCGGGUUAUAGCACCGACAAAAGGGCGCAUUGAAACACCAGUAUUUCCAGCAUGGAGCUCUUGUGGUCCAACAAACGACACGAAAGACCCAACCAGUUGGGGAAGACAGGCAUCUGAUUGGGCCAUUCGUGCAGGCCUCGCUGAAGGUAUGGGUUUGCAUGCGGUUCGCCGGGAAGCGCUCAUUAAGGCCAAUGAUCACGGUUAUAGUUUAGGCCAAGUACUCAAGUUCGCGUCUCAAAACAAUCCGAAUGUACUCAUUCAGAGCUACCUCGGUAAUAUACCGACAGUUGACGGUGCGGCCAAUUACCUUGGCUUGAAACACCGCACAGAUCUGGCGGAAGCCUUUCGCUCAAAGACUAUGAAGUGGAACCCGGCACUUUAUCAGUCAAUCCCAAUGAGAGACCUGAAGGAUCUCCAAAGCAGCCAACAAUAUAGGGAGAUUGAAAGCAGGAUCGCAGAGAUCGAAUCUGCACUGAAGAAAUUAAUUCCUGAAGAUAAAAAGGACCAGAUACGCCAGGAGACAGAAGAGCAAGAGAAGAUACGAGAGCUGAAGGGGCAAAAGCUGAUAGAGCAAGAGAAGAUACGAGCGCUGAAGAAGCAAAAGCUGAAAGAUUUACAAGCCUCUCAACCAAUUGUUUACGAAACUGAGGAAUGCCCACACAAACAAUGGGACUGGCGCCAAAGCAAGUUUCAACGCUUCAAGCAUAUGCUAUCAGAACAGCGUAUUCGCCUUAUCGAUGUUAUGAAAAAGCCUUUAGUUCCGCGGAGUGAGGAAUGGGUUUCUGCCCUGCGAGAUCUUGUGACGCUCCGUAAAACUUCUUCACAACUGGCUUUUCAAGAUGGGUUGAGGCCCAACGAUGGCGGCUGCCCUUCGUGUGAAAAGUCCAUGAAUGAAUUUCGUCCAACGGCUCAAUGGAGGCAUAUUUACGCCUGUUGCAAGGAAAAGCAUUCAAAAGAGUCCGGAUUCGCUCAAUUUUGUUUUCUUUGCAACAUAUGGGUGACAAGCGAAGAAGGCUGGGAAACUCAUUGUCAACAACAUUUUAAAGCUGGCAACAUCCCCUUCCGAUGUGAUCCGCUUACCUUUCGUCAUGGAACUGCCUGCGCUGGAUACUGCCCUCUAUCCAAGAGCUCUCUCUCUGAAGAUGUCACUAUGGCCGAUAGCAGCCUGGUUUGCGCGACAUGGGAGAACCCUAAGGCCGACAUAAAGGAUGUGAUAGUCGAUCCAAAGUUAUAUGAAGUUACGAAAAGCGACGCAUUAGCAGCCGAGGUAUCAGAGACGCAUAUUAAUGACACGAAUAGCCAUAAAGCAUCGCUACCAGAUGACGACUAUGACGCUCACAGUCUCCUUGCUAAAUACGGGUAUCAACACAAACGUCGCAAAAUUAUGCUGUAUCUUGUGAAGUGGAAUGACGGAUCAACGACCUGGGAGCCGGAAGAAUCGAUUUCAAAACACAGUCUCAUUGAUGAGCUGAAUAUAGGAUACAAGGGGUUUAACAACGGGAUCAAAGUGAUUAAAAGUCGGAUCAAGAGUAAGAAAACUCAGUAUCGUGUACAGUUUUUGAAUUAUGCGGGAGUUGAGGCAGAUGAAUUUUGGUGGGUUCAUGAGGAGGAUUUGGACCCAGAGGCAAUACAAAGAUAUAAAGCUGAAGAGGGGGGAAAGAAGGCAUCGUAG